GGGGAUCUGUGAUACGUAAAUCUUUUCAUCUUCUUUAGGAGAAACACACAACUCACAAUAUGUGUACGGGAAAGUGUUCGCUGUGCAUCGGGAAAACUUUGUACCCAUUAGCGCUCAUCUCCGCAUUCUGUAAUAUAAUACUGUUUUUUCCCGAUUGGAAAGUUACAUACGUGCAAAAUAAACAAAUUACAGAGGAGGUAAAACUCAUGGGAGGACUGGUUGGAGGAGGUGUAAUGGUAUUGAUCCCUGCAUUUCAUAUUUACAUGACUGGAGAGCGGGGCUGGUGUGCAAACCGCAUUGGGAUGUUUCUGUCCAUUAUACUUGCAGCCGUGGGUGUUGCUGGUGCCCUCUAUAGUUUCUCAGUGGCAGUGUUGGGCCUUUAUCAUGGGCCCCUCUGUAAAGUUGGUGAUGAAUGGAUAACUCCCUUUGAAUACAAGAAUGCAGAUUACCUUAAAGACCGCGCUUCAUGGGAAAAAUGCACUGAGCCAAAGAACGUGGUGAAAUUUAAUAGUGGUCUGUUCUCAGUACUGUUUUUCGUCAGCAUUCUGCAGAUCAUCCUUUGUGGUAUACAGAUGAUCAAUGGCCUUUUCGGAUGCCUUUGUGGAACCUGCAGGGAUACAGAAAAUACAAGACACAACAAUGUGAUAUUGACCACCACUGUACAUGCUGCCUGAUUUGGGUGAAUGGGAUCACAGACUUCAUAUCCACCAUCCUGUCUCUUUAAUCAGCUAACUUGCGUCCUCUUGUGGAAAGAUGUAUUGUAUUGUUCAUUUGCAUGUUUGAUUCAUUCAGUAGUUGCCAUUCAUUGAAUAGAAUUUAGAUGUGAGAUUUAAAUGCGGAAAUGUUAUAACAUAUGUAUAACAUUUCAAUACAAAUGUAUUGGUACACUGUAAAAAUUUGCUGUAAUUAUGCAGCUGGUUGCCAGUAACUUUCUGUAGAAGAUAAAGACUGAAAAUGUUUCAUGUUCAUUUAACUUUGAAUAAACUGUUGCCAGUAAAUAACAUAAAUGUAAAAUCUACAGUAAGUUACUUGCCAGUAAUACUGUAAUUUCUACAGAGUACUUUUUCAUUUUUAGUUUAUAUACUCAUUGGCUUUGCACUGUUUGUUAUUAAUACUGUUUGUGAAAUGAUUCAGAGAAUGAAUGAUGCUGUAAAGGAAAUU